ACGUCACAUUCGUCCAAUGAAUUAUGCACGUGUGUGCAGCCAGUUAUUACACCUAUACACUGCGAAACAAUCAUUUUCAGUCAGUUGAUACCGGACUGUCGAUAGAGACGGAAGUGUCGUUGUUCGAAAUUCUCGCUUGUCGUAAUUUUCUGUGCGCCUAGUGUCGUGUUGGGAUUAAAUCGAACGUAUUCUUUGAAUUGGGCACAUGAGAGUGCCCUCAACCAAGUGUUUAACCCCACAAAAAUACCUCCCACGAUGACCAGCCAACACUUCAGGAGCAAGCCUUUCAAAAUCCUCAGCACAUUUCUAAACACAUAAGCCAUAGACCAAAGUUAAAACAAUCAGUGAUAGUAUAAGUUCCUUUAUUUAUUUAUUUAAAUCAAAAUCAGAGUGAUAUUAGUGUAAUUUAGUGUUAAGUUUAGUGCCAUAAGUGAACUAUGAUUGUGAUAAGUGUAUUGUUACUCGCCUUGGGGGUUGUGGCCGAUCGGUCCAAGUUGCCGGCUCCGUGUGAAAGUAUGAUCUACUGUCAUGGCCCGCUCCUACACACAGUGCAAAUGGCUGGUCUCUACAACGACUCCAAAACCUUCGUGGAUAAGAAGAUGAGGUCGCCAGCCAGUGUCAUCUUAGACAAUUUCCAGACUAUGAUGAACAGGACAGACUUCCGGCCAACGAAGGAGGAGAUCAGGACUUUUGUGGACAACAACUUCGACGUGGAAGGCUCUGAAUUUGAAGAAUGGCAACCCUUGGAUUGGAAACAUAAUCCUGCAUUCUUACAAAGAAUAAAGGAUCCGCUGCUUUUAGAAUGGGCUAAAAGUCUUAACGAGCUGUGGCUUAACCUGGGCAGAAAGAUGAAGAACGAAGUCAAGGAAAAUCAAGAUUUGUAUUCUAUUAUUUACGUCGACCAUCCAGUCAUUGUGCCGGGUGGUCGUUUUAGAGAGUUUUACUACUGGGAUUCGUACUGGAUCAUAAAAGGGUUGCUGCUGUCAGAAAUGCAUGCCACUGCUACUGGCAUGGUCACAAACUUCCUGGACAUCGUAGACCGAUACGGCUUCAUUCCUAAUGGAGGAAGGAUUUAUUAUCUGAUGAGAUCCCAGCCACCCCUCCUGAUACCGAUGGUGAAGUUAUUGAUGGAAGACAUCGGAGAUAUUGAUUUUCUCAAACAGCACAUUGGUACGAUGGAUAAAGAGUUUGAUUUCUGGAUCAAGAACCACACCGUCGAAGUUGAUUAUAAUGGGAGGAAAUACCAAAUGACUAGAUAUACAGAGCAAUCGCAAGGUCCACGUCCGGAGAGUUACAAAGAAGACAUCGAUGUCGCGAGACAUUUCGAUACUGUAGACAAAAAGGAAGAACUAUUCGCUGAAUUGAAAUCCGCUGCUGAAUCCGGAUGGGACUUCUCAUCCAGAUGGUUUAUACUGAAUGGCACGAACAAAGGUAACCUCACAAACCUGAAGACCAGGUCCAUUAUACCAGUAGACCUGAAUGCCUUUAUGUGCUGGAACGCGCAGCUGAUGGCCGAGUUCCAUGAGCUGCUGGAAAACUUCGAGAAGGCCAAGUACUACAAGAUGAUGCACGCCAAGUUUAAGGAGGCCAUCGAACAUGUCUUGUGGCACGAAGAUGUAGGCGCCUGGUUGGAUUUCAACCUGGAGUCUGGAAGGCGGAGAGACUACUUCUACCCUUCUAAUAUUGUGCCGCUGUGGACCGGGUGCUACGACGUGGAAAGAAGCGAUUACUACGUCAACCGAGUCAUCAAUUAUUUAGAAAAAGUCAAGGUGGACAUCUUCGAAGGUGGCAUCCCCACCACGUUCGAGCAUUCAGGGGAGCAGUGGGACUACCCCAACGCGUGGCCGCCCCUCCAGUAUAUGGUGGUGAUGGGAUUAGACAGCACCCGGAAUAAAGAGGCCAUGAGGCUUGCCAACGAGAUGGCCACGAAAUGGGUGCGGUCCAACUUUGAAGUUUGGAAGCAGAAGAAAGCUAUGUUGGAAAAGUAUGACGCAACAAUCUUUGGCGGCUUUGGCGGCGGUGGUGAAUAUGUAGUACAAAAAGGUUUUGGCUGGACCAAUGGAGUGGUUAUGGCACUUCUCAACUUGUAUGGAGUCGGUCCGAUAGCGGACGCGUUCGGAGACGCGCCCGGCCAAUCAGGAGCGGUGUACGGCGCACACGUCGGCGCCGGUGGAAUAUUUACGGCACUUCUGGUCGUUAUGGCAUCUGUGGCCGCCGGUGCUUUGGGGCUCAUGGUCUACUGGAGGCGUCGGGACUAUGCACCGCUCGUCGGUGGUGAAGAUCUGAAGAUUCUAAGUUCAGCUCGGAGGCCGUAUACAGAACUCAAGAGCCUCAACGGGGUAUCGAAUGCACGGCAACGCUGAAAAAAAAACUACCUCGUAACCCUACCAUUGCUACUGAAGUCAUAAACGAACCGAGAGUGACUUUUAUUGAGACAUACUCGUACAUAGCAAAGUUAUAAUUUAACUUAUACGCAAAUAAUAUAUUUGUAUGCCAAAUAUAGAUUUUAAUUUGGGUGAUUAAAUGAAUAUGACGACUAACUUAUUAUAAUAGAAGAGCAAUAUUUUUUUGUAUACAAAAAUAAUGGCUGCAAGAUUAUUUAGACGAAAAAUUACGUGGUUUUUUAAAUGUUGACGUUUCUUUGAAACUAAAAUCGUAUAUCUACUUGUACUUUAAAACAAUUUUACCAAGUUCUAUAUUUUUUUUAACCUUUAUCUAUUAUUAUUUAGUGAUUAUCAAAGCCUUGAGCCAAGCAUCGUAUCGUAUUUUUUUAUUAUAAUAUUUAAUAUAACACGUAAUUGUAAAAUAGAAAUAUUGCUCAUGACGUUAAAAACGCUCAUUAAACGUAUACUAAUUAACAGUUUCGAAUACGACUUACUGUCGAGGUAUAGACAAUAAAAACCAAGACAGUAGGGACAAUAUAGUCAAGUAUUGUCUAACGAAAAAUUCGAUGUAACUACGAAUUAAUCGAUUUUUUAAUCGAUUCAGCUACAUCCAUAUCGUUUUUUGAAAAACGAUGUUUUACUUUUUAAAUGGAGUUAGUGUUACAUCAGUUCUCUAAAAGUGCUGUGAACUCGUAUGUAAAUAGAUUUUAGGAUAUAUGCUUGUAUGUAUAAUUUAUCGUCAUUUCUUCUUAUCUGUCUUGAAGUGUAUAAAAUCCUAUUCUUUUUAGUGUAAAGUGUGUUUUAAAAACUAGAAAGAAAAAAAUUUUUGUUUA